AUGAUUGAAGAAGCGCCCCCCGCCGUCAGGGACGAUGCGCCAACCGACUCAAAGACCCACGACGUUGAAGGUGUCGUCGAAGAAACCGCGGAUACCCGCGUUUUGACGAAACUCGGAUACAAGCCCGUGCUUCAUCGAACCUUCAACUUGUUUCACAACUUUUCAACCACCUUUGCUGCAUUGUACUUCAUUGGCGGUGUCCGCGUCACCUUUUCAACCGGCAUCGCCGCCGGCGGCAAUCUCGCCUACUGGACAAGCUUCAUCGUGACGUGCGUCUUCAGCUUCAUCAGCGCCGCCGUCAUUGCCGAGAUUUGCUCGUCGCUGCCGCUUGCUGGGUCCAUCUACCUCUGGGCGGCUGAGGCUGGCGGGCCUCGAUAUGGACGCCUGUUGGGCUACAUUGUAGCAUGGUGGAGUACCACUGCUUGGACGACUUUCUGUGCAAGCAACACACAGGGAGCUGUUAAUUAUAUGCUGUCGGAAAUUGUUGUCUUUAAUCUUGAUUUCCCUUCAGAUCCCUCAGAUGUCAAGUUCCGUGCCGUCCAGUGGAUUUGCACCGAAGUCCUCCUCGCUCUCGCAGCGAUAUGGAAUCUUCUUCCCCCUAAAUACUUCAAAUGGAUCUUCUACCUCUCCACUGGCUUCGUCCUCCUCGACUUCGUCCUAAACAUGAUCUGGCUGCCCAUCGGCACCGUCCGCACGAUUGGCUUCCGCUCUGCGCAUGAUGCCUUUAUGACGACCUAUAAUGGCACGGGCGCCUCUCCCGGCUGGAACUGGUGCCUCUCAUAUCUCGCCACUGCCGGCAUCCUCAUCGGCUAUGAUGCUUCCGGCCAUGUCGCCGAGGAGACGCGCAAUGCCAGCGUGACUGCGGCCAGGGGCAUCUUCUGGAGCACCGUCGUCAGCGGGCUUGGCGGCUUCGUCGUUGUGAUCCUCUUUCUCUUCUGCACCCCCGACCCUGAUACACUUUUCUCCUACGGAAGUGUUCAGCCAUUCGUGCCGCUCUACGCCGUGAUCCUCGGGCAAGGCGGCCACAUCUUCAUGAACGUAGUCUGCAUUGUCGCCCUGUGGUUUAACACCGCCAUCGCCGUUCUUGCUGCUUCACGCCUCGUCUUUGCCGUUGCCCGAGACGGUGUCCUGCCCUGGUCAUCCUGGGUCUCCAAGGUCGUCGACGGCCAGCCACGCAACGCCGUCAUCGUCGUCUGGGUUGUUGCCUCCAUCAUCACUUGCACUAUCUUGCCCUCUUCGGUAGCCUUUACCUCUCUCGUUUCGGCCGCCGGUGUCCCCUCAGCCGCAGCCUACGGGCUCAUCUGCCUCGGCCGGCUCUUCCUCACACCAAAGACGUUCCCCAAGCCAGCAUGGAGCCUUGGUCGUUGGAGCAAGCCCUUUCAGGCAAUUUCCGUUCUGUGGAACGGCUGGGUUGUUGCUGUGCUUUACUCGCCGUAUGUGUUCCCUGUCACGGGCGAUACCUUUAACUAUGCGCCCGUCAUCAUGGGCGCCGUGACCAUCUUUGCCAUUGUGUCGUGGUGGAUCAUUCCGGAAGAUAGGUGGCUGCCCAGUCAGCGCAUAAAGGAGCAGCUGCUGGCAGGAGAGUCAGCCGAUGAAGAAUGA